AUGCAAGUUUUUACUAAAAAUGUUUUUCGAAGAAUUGCAUUCACUCCAUUUUUCUCUUUCUCAUCCAAGAGAGAUUUGUAUGAAUUAUUGGGAGUACCUAAAAAUGCCUCAUAGAAUGAUAUCAAAAAAGCCUAUUAUGGAUUAGCCAAGAAAUAUCAUCCAGAUGCAAAUCCAUCCAAGGAUGCCAAAGAGAAGUUUGCUGAAGUUAAUAAUGCAUAUGAAACACUUUCCGAUGAAAAUAAAAGAAGAGUCUAUGACUAAGUAGGAAUGACUGGAGAUGAACAGGAUUAGGCUGGAGCUUAGGAUCCUUUUGCUGCCUAUAGUAGUUUCUUUAGACAAGGACAAAGAGGUGGCAGAGGACAAGAAUACGAAUUUGAUGAAUCCAUAUUUGGAGAUUUCGCAUCCUUUUUUAAUAUGGGAGGAGAAGCUGAAAGAACUAUUAAGGGAGCUGAUAUUCAUGUCCAAAUGGAAAUUUCUUUUAUGGAUAGUGUUCAAGGCUCACAAUAGACAAUUUAAUUUGAGAAAGUAGGAACCUGUACUACAUGUAAUGGCACUAAAUGUAAACCUGGAACUGCACCAGGCAGAUGUACUAAUUGUGGAGGAAGAGGAUCUAUCAAUUAUAGACAAGGAGCUAUGACUAUAUAAAUGGCAUGCACUAAAUGCAGAGGAACAGGAAUCUCCAUCAAAAAUCCAUGCACUACAUGUAGAGGCAUGGGCAUAUAGAAACAGCCAACAAAUGAAACUAUCAACAUACCAAAGGGAAUUGCAGAUGGUCAGAAUUUGAGAAUUACAGGUAAAGGAAACGUAGGGGAGAAUGGAGGAAAAUCAGGAGAUCUUAUUGUUAAAAUUCAAGUCAAACCUGAUCCUUACUUUAAAAGAGAUGGAUAUGAUUUAAUUACCAACGCUUAUAUUUCCGUUGCUUAAGCAGUGUUAGGAGAUACAAUUAAAAUUAAGACUUUGAAUGGUGAUAAGUAGGUUUCAGUCAAACCUGGAUGUCAAGAUGGAGAAAAAAUGAGAUUGAGUGGCUUAGGAAUUAACAAAUUGGCACCCAAUUAAAAUUAAAAAGGCGAUCAAGUUAUCAAUUUCAAAAUACAAAUACCCACCAAAUUAAAUGAGAAAUAAAAAGAGAUAUUUCAAGAAUUAGCCAAGAUAGAGAAAACAGAAUCCUAAAAUUAAGAAGGGAUAUUUGAUUAAGUAAAGAAUGCGUUCCAUAAGUGAGAAUAUUUAUUUGUUUAUAAAAACACUUAUAACUUUGUUUAA